GAUCAGCGCUCAUACAGGAUUAUACUGACAAUAUACAGGUAAAUGCUGUUUUUAGAUAAGAGAUGAUGAGAAAACUUUGUUAUAAUAGACAAUGAACUUACCAGGAAAGAGCACAUUUAAGAAGAAAACACAGAACAGCUUUAAGAGCAUGGAUACCACAACAGGAGCAUCACACUGUCAUGAACAGGGCCUUUAUCUCUCUGACCAGCAUAAACUGAGACUGGUCUUGGUUGGGGUGAGAGAAGCUGGGAAAAGUGCCACUGGUAAUGCCAUUCUGGGUAAGAAAGCCUUUGACGAGGUCGGGGUGAAAACCAGAGUGAGCGUCUCCUGUCAGGGUCUGGUACAAGGGACGCAGGUACUGGUGGUUGACACUCCAGGCUGGGAAUGGUUUAACAUCCAGGGCACCGCAGCAUCAACAUGGACACUUAAAAAAGAGAUGAUUAGAAGUAUGACCUUGUGCCAUCCUGGUGCCCAUGCCCUGCUGUUGGUGGUGCCACUAUCAUUCUCGUUCUCCGAGCGUGAGCGGUGUGCCAUUGAGGAACACGUAGAGCUGUUUGGUCCAGAAGCCUGGAGUUACAGCUUGGUGCUCUUCACCAUCUUAGACAUAAAGCAGUUGCGUGGUUCCAGCCCACAGCAGGAAGUGCUGGAGAACGAAGAGCUACAUAGACUGGUUAGGAAAUGUGGAGGCCGUUUCCAUGCCUUGUACAGCAAACCACAAGGAACUAAGGACCAGGUGGCUGGCCUACUGACUAAAAUCAAGAAGAUGGUGGCUAAUAAUGGAGAAAGUGUGCUCUCCAGUGAGGAGAUACUUGAGCGUGCCAAGGAAAGAGAGGAAGAGGAGAAGAGAAAAGAGGAGGAGGAUAGAAUCAAGAGAAAUGAGAAGAUACGGAAAAGUAAAGACAAGAAGUCAAAGAGCAGACCAAGCACAUCACGAUGUUGAACAGAAAGACUCAGCUCAGAAACAGAGGCGCUGCAUACAGCAGUGAAUAAAACAAAGAAAGGUAAAGCAAGGACAUCGGUGUAAAACAUUAGAAGCACAACCUACCUGCAAAUCUACAAAUCGCCACUAGAGGCCAUCACUUCUCAUUUGAACUGUGCAUGAAUAAGAGUGCAUUAUACUGUAAAUUUAUAAAAUAAACUUUGAACACGUGAACCUUUUCUGAUGACUUAUUUUGAUUAUAUAUAAAAAGCACAUAGUUGCAUGGACACAAGAAGACAACCAAGCCA